AUGUACUUUUUUAACCCAAAUGGAACUCAUCCAAAUCGAGCAGUUGGAGAUGGAUUCUGGAUGCCUUCUGCAGCAGACAAGCAAGUUAAAGAUUUGACAAACACUCUUAUUGGGUUUAAGAAGACACUGGUUUUCUACAAAGGAAAAUUUCCAAAGGGUGAAAGCACUAACUGGCUUAUGCAUGAAUAUAGAAUCAUCAAUCCACCUUUUCGGCCCAAAAUUGAUCAAAAUGAUAUGAAAUUGGACGAUUGGACUCUAUGCAGGAUCUAUAAGAAAGGACAGAACAGGGCGGAGGACGAGGAUGCGCCACAUGGGGUCGUAGGAGGCGGAGCUGAUGAUGGGCUGGUUCCUGCUCAUGAUGAACUUCAGGCCCAAGUUGGCCAGACGGGUGACAAUGGGCCCGUGCCUGGCCUGGAGAUUUGGGAGGAAUAUUUAAUUGAAGAAAAUGGACUUGAAUUUUAG